AGUCGGCUCCAGGAUAGAAAUUGAUCGCAGUUGAAGCAGGACAGACAGACUGUCCUGCGACGGAUCAGCCAUUGUGAGAACUUUCAUUGCAAAGGAUCAGCAAUGCGCAGAGGGAGAUGCUGUAGAAGCAAAGUGUACUGAAUAUAUCAGUUCUUCGGAGCAGAGCCAGUGUAUGCCACCUUUUCCUGUGUUUCUCCAGAAUGGAUACCAGAACCGCCUCCACUCCUGCCUCCAUGGUGGCGGGCCCUUCCUCGCUGUGGCGGCUGGCUGAGAGGAGGAGUAGGAAGGCUGGCACAGGGAACAUUUUCAGCAACGUGAAUCUGUGGCAGCUCCAGAGACUGUUCACAGCUGCGGGGGACCAGGAUGCAGAGCAGAGGGCCCAGGUGGUAUGGGGCCACGGAGAUGAGGCUGAACUGGCUCAGGCCUUGGUAGGACUGAGGGCUCGGAGUCACAAGAGAGGGCUUAGGACCAACGGGAAAGAUGUGCUGGGCUCUCACUGGCUACGAGCCUUCAAUCACCUCAGGAUUGGGGAGAGCUCGCCGAGCAGCCAGGGAAAGGAUGCUGGGGAGGAGAAUGAUUCUGAGGCAGAAGCAGACAUCAGUCCAAAGCCACACCGACACACCUCUCUAGGGACAACAGGAAGCAGUAAAGGGGCCACAGUGGUGCUAACUGAGAGCCAGGGCCCUGUAGGGACUUCUGAAAGACCAGUUAGAACUAGCUCUGGACUGAGGAGAGGAGCAGAAAACAACCCAGAGAGAUACCUCCACAGAAUACUCCACUGACUCAACCAAAACCGACUGAGUCUACCAGCACAGCCUGCCCGUCUCUCCUCAGUACUCAUCUCACGUGAUCAGAAACUGAAGCUAGGUUGAAUUAACUUCUGGGAUAAGCAAUACGGGCACAAAUCAAUCCAACAUUAUUUACAAGUGAAACUGUUUCUCAUUAUGCCAUAAUGUCUGGCCUUUUAAUGGCACAGAUCAGAUACUGGCACUACAUUGUUGCUUGUUGCAGAUACCUCCACCUGAAUAAUAAACCUCUGACCCGCUCCUGGUGUUUAACAACUUUCAUAUAGAGGUUACCUCUCAAGAACUGCCUUAUGGUUUUUCCUACCACUCACACUAACCAUGCAUACUGAUAAUUAAUUCACAGUGAUGUGACUUUAAGUUCUUUUGUAGUUCAGUGACGUAUAUGUCGAUAUUCACGUGUGAGGUGAUGUACUGUAUGUACAUUAACUUGAAAAGAUGUCAGCUUCUGAGUAUGUAUUUACGCUAAUUUAGGUGUCGAAACUGAGAUAUGUUUAAUUCUUAGUUUUAACACUAUGUUUUCUGGUUAUGUGUGUGGUAAGACUAUAAAUGGGAGCAAUGUUAGGUGUCAUGAGAUGUAGUGUUACAUGUCCAGACAUUUAUGUCACUGCACAUGUUGACUCAAACUGAAUGAUUCUGUUCAACAUGUAACAGUAACGUCACACAGUCACUGGUUUGUAGUCAUUGAGAGCAAAAGUGUCAGGUUGUCAACUCUGCCUGGUGACCAAAAAUAAAUAGCUGCAAGACCAAACUCAAACAUGUCCCUCACUGUGCAGGGAAAGAAUGACUUGAAACAGUAAUGUCCUCCUAUUAAAAUGUUCAUGGUAACAGUGAAAUCACACUGUGCCUAAACUGUGAAUGUGUGUCACUGACAGUAUCAGAUUGCUGGAAACUUCAAGCUUUUUGAUAUUACUGUUUGUGUCAUUUUCAGAUGUAUGGUAAUAAAGAACUGAGCCUUUG